AUGUCUGUUCGAUCAUCUGGAUACACGGUUACUGAAGAUGUGCUCCUUUGUCAAUUAGUUCGAGCAAAGAUGUUAUUUAUGCAAGAACCAAAGUACAAAAAAGGUUUCAAAUUUGAUCAUGUCUGGAAUAUGGUUAAAAAUUUUAAAAAAUUUAAAGAUGAUGUCCCCACAGCAAGACAAGUUGGUCGAAGACAACUCCAAAACGUGAACUUCGACUCGUCACAAUCAGAUAAUCCCACUCCGGAAUCUCCUAUAUCAACAUCUCCUGGACUGUCAUCAUUUACUCCAUCUGAACGACCUAUUGGGGGUAAAAAAAGCCAAAUUGAAAAGAAAAAAAAUGAUGAUCAUGAGUCAAGCGUAGUGGACUCCAUCGAGACCUCCAACAACCGACUUAUAGACAGGUUAGACAAGGCGAGCUUGGACAGGCAAGUAGCAUUUGAUAUCGAACGAGAAAAUAUAGCUAUGAAAAAAGAUAGAGAUGAAUGGAAAAUUAUAAUGAAAGAUUUGAAUUCCAUUGCUGAUCCAAAUGUGCGUGAGUACGUUCGAGCUCAACAGAUUAAAAUAAUACAAAAAAGAAAUCAACAAGAACAAGGGUCUGCUUCUAAUUUUGGUAAUUAUUUCAAUGAUAUUGGACACUCUGGCCCCGAUCUACCAGAUUAUUAA